GUUUCUGACCCCCACUCAUUGCUUUAUCGACCAUACACUCACGUCCAUCAUGUUUCCGGCCAAAUCACAUGCCAAGAGGGUCGCGGAGGAGCUAUACAAGCUCAUUCCAGAUGAAAUGAAGAGCAAGCGCAAUGUAGCUUUCCUUCAGGCUGCACCAGUCAUGUAUCGACACGAUACGGAUCGCGAGCUUCCAUACCACCAGGAAGCCAACUUUAGCUAUGUGACAGGGUGUCCGACCCCCAAUGCCUCGGUUGCUAUCCUCAUUCCUGAAGGCAGCAUCCACCUUUUUAUACCCGCUGCCGACCCCCUCGAGACCAUGUGGAGUGUCGCUCCGCCGACCAUGCAGCAAGCUAAAGACACAUUUGAGCACGACGACAUCUCAUACGUCUCCGAGCUCGUCACCACGAUCAAGACUUUCAAGAAAUCUGGAAACGUGGUCAUGCACUUGAUGCCCGACACUACGCAGUUCCCGGCUCGACCAGAAGCAGCUUUUAAAGAUGUCAGCGGCAUCGACUUGUGUGACAAGUACUUGUUGGAGGCUUUUCACACGGCCCGAAUCAUCAAGGACGCGGCAGAGGUGGCAUUGAUCAGGGAAGCCAAUCGAAUCUCCUCAAGGGCACAUGAGGUUCUCAUGAAGGAAUUGGGAAGGUUCGCCGGCAAACGAGCGGGGUCACAGGCAGCUGGAAAGACCAAGACUAGAGAUGGGGGUAUCGGUAUACAAGAGUGGGAGGUGGAAAGUGAACAGGAUGCCGAGGCGCUUUUCGUAGCGACUUGCAGAAGAGCAGGAGCGGCUCAAGCAUACCUUCCCAUUGUUGCCUCCGGGUCACAUGCCAGCACUCUCCAUUAUGUAUGUAACGACACUCUAUUCCCAUCUACUGUCCAACCACGAGUCAAUGGCGACACUUCCUUCACCCCUCGACAACAUGGUCGAGGCUGCUGUGGAAGCGCCGAGGAUCACCAGCACGCUACUCCCGUCUCAUCUCACCAUGAUGGAGGAUUUGAACCCCAGGUUCUGCUUAUCGAUGCUGGAUGUGAAUGGAAGGAUUAUGCCAGCGACAUUACGAGGACACUCCCUGUUGGCAACGGGGGUAGAUUUACGCCGAGAGCCGCAGAGAUCUACGAUCUGGUGUUGAGGAUGCAAAAGGAAUGCGAAGCUUUGGUCAAACCUGGAGCUCACUGGGACACUAUUCAUCUUCACGGGCACAAAGUCCUCAUCGACGGUUUCAUCCAACUGGGGAUCUUUACCGGGUCCCCAGAGGCGAUUCUCGCCUCAGGAGUGACGGCUGCUUUCUUCCCGCAUGGACUUGGUCAUUCUAUGGGACUCGACGUCCACGAUUCGAGGCAAUUGCUCGCAUCUGUUCACCUGGAUCUUCCCGUCGAAUCCAAGCAGGUCCACAAGCUGUUCACGUACCUGCGUAUCAGACGCAAGCUCGAACAAGGCAUGGUAUUGACUGUCGAGCCUGGCUGCUAUUUCCCUCCUCAGUUGAUGGAGGAGCAUGGUGCUUGGACCUCAGAGUAUGUCAAUAAGGACAGAUUGAGGGAAUACAUCGGCGUCGGGGGUGUCCGAUUGGAAGAUGGCGUGGUGGUCACUGCCGACGGAUGUGAGAACUUGACCGCUGUGCCGAGGGAACGAGCAGAGGUGGAGGCCUUGUGCGGUGCGAAUACUGUUUGAGGCAGUGCUGCGUAUCUAGUUCGCCCAGUCUUAGUCGGUCCGACACAUUCACAACCCAGUGUUCUCCCUUGUAGUAGUCAUCACUUCGGGGAAUGCAUAAAGCCGAUCGACCGGGAAAUGGG